AUGGGGCAGGAUGAUUGGGAGGCAGCGAGUAAUGGACGUAUCUCUCCGCUUUUGGUUGGACGGAAUAACAUCGAGUUGUCACACUUACAAUUUGCAGAUGAUAUUAUCCUCUUCUGUCCUACGGAGGAAGAGACUAUCAGGAACUACAAGCGGUUGUUGCGUUGCUUUGAGCUGAUGUCUGGGUUAAAUAUUAAUUUUGAGAAGUCCAGCUUCAUUCCGGUUAAUAGUGAUCAGCGUUGGGCGCGUAAGAUGUGUCAGUUGCUGGGGUGUAAGGAGGCAUCCUUACCAGUACGUUAUCUAGGUAUCUCAUUGGGAGCAAAUCCGAGGCUGGUGAAGACAUGGAAACCAGUGAUUGACAAGGUGGAAGAAAGGCUAAGUCUGUGGAAAGCUAAGUCGCUCAACAAAGCGGGUAAGCUGGUCCUUAUUAAAUAUGUUCUGAAUAGCCUGCCUGUUUACUAUCUCAGCUUAUACAAGUUGCCAAAGACAGUAGCGAAAAAGUUGAUCUCUCUCCAAAGACGUUUCUUGUGGAGUACAGAGGAUGGGAGGCAUGGGGUGUCACUAGUAAAAUGGGAGGUAGUGAUGGCUCCAAAAAAGGCAGGUGGGUUGGGAGUUGGUGAUGCAGUGAUUCGAAAUGCAGCUUUGUUUUUUAAGUGGUGGUAG